AAAUUAAACUUCAAAUUUAAAAUAAACUCAAAGUGAAAGAUCAUUGUAAUAAAUUGUCAAUAACGGAAAUAAACUAACACCAAAUCACAUCAACUAAUUUUGGUUCUCUCUACCAUCGUUCACUUCAUUUUCUUCAGGUGACAUAAUGAAAUCUUCAUCAAAAUCUAAAAAUCACAAAUAUAAAACUGAAAAGGGAAAACCUUACUUUUUUUUUGUCAGCACCUAACUUCUUAAUUUGAAACUUAGAAUAUAUUUCGGGCAGCACACUACGAUAACAGAAAGUUACAUUUCGGCCAGCACACUACGAUAUACGUAUAUUGCCAUAAACAGAUUAUAUUAGUUGAUUAUCAUAUAUUUUUUGCCUUGGCCAGCAACCAACGAAUUGGUUAUAUUCGCAGAUUUCAAUUGAUUUUCCAACUCGGAACCAACCGGUUCGGUUCAUUAUUACAAUUAAAAUCGCUAUAGCUACAAUAUCUACGUUAUGUUAAACUCUUUCUUAUACAGAGUUCUCACGUAACAAACUAAUGGGACGUUGAAUAUAGUACAACAAAUCCCUUAUAAGAGAAAAGGAAAAGACGUCAUCAGCUUCUCCGUUAUGUCCUCUUGAGUAACAGAUAAAUGGAUUUCUCUUCUUGGGACGUCGUCAUCUUAUCUUUCGAUCACUCCUAUUGGGAUUCUCCAUACUCCUCUAUAGUCUUUAUAUCGCAAGCAUGCACAUAGAUUGACACAUUGAAGAACAAAGUUAUGUGAGAAGAAGAAGUCACGUUGAAGAACAAUAUUAGAGAGAGUGAUGAUACUCUUUAUAGUUCAUUUAAUCUCAUAGUAUGUGCAUUCUUCUCACGAGUGUAAGUAUCACUAUGGCCAAGGUUUAUGACCUUAUAUCAUGAUGCGUCAUGUAAUUGGUAGACAGAGUAAUCGCCGUCGAGCACAUUAUAGCAUCAAUAACCCCGCGGAUAUCAUGAUGCAUCAUGUCUUCAAUGUGUUAUGCAGUGGGGAGCUUCGCAAUGUGUCAUGCAGUGGGGAGCUUCAAUGUAUUAUGCAGUGGGGAGCCGUCAAACACAUUAUAUCAUGGUGCUUCAUGUCUUUGCGCAGCCCUCCGAAGAACGACACACUGUAACCGUCCAGCGAUUUCGCAGAACGUCUCAAAUCAGACGUUGGAGAAGUUAUCCACCUAAACCCCAGCGAUGUGCACGGACGCACCACGACCGACGAUGGUCUUCAAAGUGUUACUCAAGAGGACAGAAUGGAGUUCAUGAUGUCGUGUGUCGUUGGAACAUGAUACAGAUUUUUCUCGUCUUCAAAGUGUUCCUGAUGCGUUCUUCUUUCAGAUGAAUGGUCAUGUCUCGUCUGAAGAUGAGAGAGCGGCUCGUCUUCAACCCCGGCGUGUCUAAACGUUCCGAGCUUCGGGGUCACUUGGUCGUCGUUUCCUAAGUCGGUCUCCACGUAGAACUUUGAAGGUUUCUUUGAAAACCUUACGUUUGAAGUAAUAGUGCUUAAGAAUGAAGAAGAUAAAACUCCCCGCUUUGCGAUUCCCGUUAGAAGUCUAAAACAUUACUUGGUUACUUUUUUUGUAGAAUAAGGAAACUCUUUAAGAAUUCGCUUAUAGAGGAAGCAAAUAAGGAAACUUAUUUGUGAGAGUGUCUCUCCAAUAGACACGUGUCCAAUUUGGUGUGAAAGCAUUAACUCCAAUGCUCCUCUUUUAAUAUAUAAGGGAUUUAUUAAUCCCCAUUAUCGUAUCUUGUCCACCAUAUGUAUACAAAUGUAAACAUUAUACCCAUAUCGUAUUUUUCUGAGAUUUUUCCUUUAAUUACUGUCAACUUAAACAUCUCAUACAUACCGAUAUUUGACAGAAAAUUGUAAUCUCAAGAGUAUUUAAAAAAAAAUUGUUAAGUAACUAUCCACUUUCUAACUAUUAUUAAUUAUUUGCUACCAAAAAUCAUCAUACUCGUUAGACGUAGCAACAUAAUGUGCUUACUAUUCACACGUCCAAAUGUCUAUUCGUUAACGGAUAUCAACUCAUGUAAAGUGAGUAAUUAACAAGGUCAUCAAUGGGCGGCAAACAAAUUUUCCUUUUUUACAUUCAUUUUUAUCAACAUGGUCUAUAUACUAAAAAUCAAAAUAUGAAAAUUGAACUCGUACACAUAUAUAUAUGCAGAUAGGUGAGCGUGUAUAUAAAUAUAAGAAUUGUGUCUCUCACCACAACACGUAUUUUGAUAAUUUUCACUUCCCAUAAUUCUCUCUACCUCUCACUCUUCUUCGUAGAUCUCUCUUAGUUGAUUCUCAUGGAUCCACCAUUCAACGAAACAUACAAAACCCUUUUGUAUAAACAGAUCAAAAACACAGAAAACAGUGUCCCGCAAACACCUUUUAGCUUCCAUGUCACUGCUGUCGUUGAAGAGGUGGAGCUCCCAUUGAUUGACGUUAGCCGUCUGAUCAAUGGAGCCAAGAAGGAGAGGGAGAAGUGUAAGCAAGACAUUGCUAGCGCUUCUAGGGAGUGGGGAUUUUUCCAAGUGAUCAACCAUGGAAUAUCAAUGGAUGUGUUGGAGAAGAUGAGACAAGAGCAAAUUAGGGUUUUUAGAGAACCAUUUGACAAGAAAAGCAAGUCGGAGAAGUUUUCCACCGGGAGUUACCGGUGGGGAACGCCGUCAGCCACUUGUGUACGGCAGCUUUCUUGGUCAGAGGCAUUUCAUGUUCCCAUGACAGAUAUUUCUGACAACAAGUACUUUACUACGCUCAGCUCAACAAUGGAAAAAUUUGCUUCAGAAUCCGAGGCUCUGGCAUAUUCGUUGGCAGAGGUCCUUGCAGAGAAAUCAGGACGGAAAUCAAGUUUCUUCAAAAAAACCUGUGUGAGAAACACAUGUUAUCUAAGGAUGAACCGUUAUCCACCAUGUCCGAACCCAUCGGAGGUGUAUGGUUUGAUGCCACACACGGACAGUGAUUUCCUCACAAUCUUGUAUCAAGACCAAGUCGGAGGACUCCAACUCAUCAAAGACAAUAGAUGGAUCGCCGUUAAACCUAACCCUCGUGCUCUCAUUAUCAAUAUUGGUGACUUAUUUCAGGCAUGGAGUAAUGGCAUGUACAAAAGUGUGGAACAUCGUGUGAUGACGAAUCCAACGGUGGAGAGAUUCUCAACGGCGUAUUUUCUAUGUCCAUCAUACGACGCCGUUAUAGAGUGUUCAGGUGAUUGUCCUGCUUAUAGAAAUUUCAGCUUCGGAGAAUUCAGACAGCAAGUUCAAGAAGAUGUUAAGAAGCUUGGUUAUAAAGUUGGCCUCCCUAGGUUCAUUAAUGAUAUCUACUAAUUUAUACACCCAGCUUUAAUGUAUUAUUUAUAUGCUUUGAUUUUUUUUCAUAUAAGUUUUAGUUGAAUUCUCUUAAUAAAUGUUGUAUUCUAGGUAAACUGGUAAUCUACAUUCAGUCAAAAUCAAUUGUAAAAUCAAUUACGUUAAAACGGAGCUUUGGGUUGAUUGUAAUUUAAAAAAUACUAGA